AUGGCCAUCUCUGUUCCCAACUCCUGUAGCCCGACGCGGCUGGCUUUUCUGGACGACAAAGGCGGUAAUCCGCCAAAGCAGAGCAUGUGGCACCGGUUGGGUUUGCGAAAAUUAUGGCAGGGCCGCGACGAUCGAGACACGUCUGCCGGGGAGAGUCAGGACGAGAUUUCUCCCCGCCCUUCUUCUGACAACUCCCGUACCAAACAAGAUAAUUUGACACGUCGACUUUCGCGAAAAGUCGUCGGUUUACCACGAACCACGCCCUUUAAGCGACAAAGCUCCGAUCUCGAGCGACUGGCUCCUCGGGAACCUGAUCACCGCCGUGCCCUCUCCGCCGACCGCCGCCCCUUGAGUUCCCAGAGAAGCAGGUCUCCACCGCCAACCGCGGGCCCCAGACAGUCCGCGCCCGAGGUUCAGUGGCUCGGCCCGUCGCCCACAACCACGGUCGAUGACGCCCCCGAACCAGAAUCCGAAACAAAGGCCCACGAGAUUAACGAUAUCUCCGAACCUUCGAACCCUUAUCCCGAAAUGACGGACAAUUUCGACGCAGCAGAAGAGGAAGAGGAGGAUCAUCACACGAUUGAUUUGGAUAUGGAGCUGGAACAACGGUGGAUUUUGAACUUGAGCAUGCACUUCCGAGAUGGGUCAGAGCGGGAAAAAUUCUUUGUGACGUACGCGGAGACCCCGAAUCGAUGGCGCCGAGUCACAAUUUCUUGCGAUUACCAUGAUGCACCACCCUAUUCACUGGAGCGGGAACUGAAGGACCUGCGGUAUCAGCGCGACAAAUGCGCGCGAAUCUACGAAUCCAUUCGCGAGUCCCUUCUCGCGAUCCAAUUCUAUGAAGGCGUCACGAAUCUCAGGCUGGAGACGAGCGAUGGCCGUUUACACGUUCAUGUGACGGAGGACGUAAACGAAACAAUCCCGUACCCGCCCAUCUCCAGUAUCAGGCAUUUGGUCAACGCUCCUAUCAUCCCCGAAGACUUGUUGCACUUCGAAUCUCAUUUAUCCGGCUUUGUUUACAAAAUAAACCUGGACGGCCGUUUUUAUAUCAAGAAGGAAAUCCCGGGCCCCGACACUGUGGACGAGUUUCUCUACGAGAUUAACGCUUUGCAUGCGCUGAAAGACCGCCCAAGCGUGAUCCAAGUGGAAGGAAUCGUGAUCGAUGAAUGGCGAGGCGUCGUCAAGGGCUUGCUAAUUAGCUAUGCAGAAAAAGGUGCGCUGGUCGACAUUCUAUACGAGCAACGCGGGAGAACGAGCUUUGCCCGACGCGAGCGAUGGGCGAAGCAGAUUGUCCAGGGCCUCUGUGAGAUCCACGAGUCGGGCUACGUGCAGGGCGAUUUCACACUCGCCAAUAUUGUGGUGGAUACAGACGACAACGCCAAAAUUAUUGACAUUAACCGCAGGGGGUGCCCAGUAGGGUGGGAGCCCCCGGAGAUUGCCGCUAAAAUCGAGAGCAACCAGCGCAUCUCCAUGUAUAUUGGGGUCAAAACCGAUCUCUUCCAAUUGGGAAUGACGCUGUGGGCAUUGGCAAUGGAGGAGGACGAACCUGAACGACAACCGCGACCUCUUCGACUGAGCGAUGACCCGAAGAUUCCAGAAUAUUACAGACGGAUAGUGGAUAUCUGUUUGAGCCCGACUCCGCGACAUAGGCUCUCUGCGAAGGAACUUCUCUCUCUGUUCCCCCCACUGCCGGAAGCACGGGUAUCAACGCCGGUUCGGCUAUUGGAGACCCUUUCCAACGAUUCUAGGCACUUGCCAAUUCGGACCAACUGGGCUCAGCCUCAGCCUGCUGGGCUUGGACUGACUUCGCCAGGGGGCAUGAUACAGCCAGACGAUCAGUUUUACCCUCAAAAGGGGCUUUCCGGAAACUCCUAUAGUGAUCUACAGCACCCCAUAUUCUCAGAAAACCACGACCUCGUCAAGCGAUCAACAAUAACUCUUGCAGAAUCCAACGGAGACAUGGAAUUCCCAUCUAAGCCAUCUUCUUCCUCUACCUUGAAUCACCACGAACCUCAAAACCACGACGAGUACAUGGACAUAUCCCGCCAUUCCAAUGAUAACUCAUUACCCUACCUACGCUCCGACAGUCCGAACCCAGAAGCUACUACAGUUUCUCAGACAAAGUCAAUGGCAAAUGGUUUCCACAACCACCCAGUGGAGCCACCAGCCUUCCCACAUGAGCCUGUCUAUCUCGAAAGUGCCCCCGUGAACAAUCAGCGAAAGAUAUACGAUGGGCCGACCCAUGAUAAUUCCCGCGCUUUGUUUGGCUCUACAAUCACCGCGCCUCCACAUCCGCCCCCAGUCAGCGAAUCUCUUGUUGAGUCACAGAAACAGGAGGUUCUGAAUCGACCAAGUCCAAAGACCACCAAUGACGAGGGUGACCUUGAAACCUCGGCUUUGCCCAUCAACCCUACAUUGCGUGACUCCGGUACAUCAACCGGUAGUCGGGUCAUUCCUUUUUCGACAAUUCCAUCUUCAAUUAAGCAUGCAAAGCAGGACAGUGUGGACCAGCCAUGUGCAAUGACCACCAAUGACAAGGAUGACCUUGGAUUCUCAGCUCUGCCUCUCAGCCCUACUUUCCGUGACCCUGGGAGUUCUAUCGACCUUCAGAGCGCCCCUCGACCGGUAAAAUCAUCUCCUACCGAACCACCAAAGCAGAAAUAUGCUGGUUUAUCAUGCGGAAACGUCGAAAUUAAAACCAAAUUUACUGAGCCAUCGCCCUCAUCAUCAUGUCUGUCUCUCUCGGACCUACCUAUCAGUCCUAAUUUCCGUUCUUCUGGAACUUCUAUCGGCCCUCUGGCUACCACUUCAACGCUGAACUCUUUGCCAGUUGAACUGCCAAGGCAGGAUGGCCUGGAUCAACCACAUGCAAAGCCUAUACCCACAACACCGUCAGCCUCAACAUCUUUACAACCUCACCCGACGUCGCCUAUCAAUCCUACCCUAGCUCGCUCUUGGCCUUCGGUCGAGCUUCCGAUUGCCCCUCGAUUAGUGAAAUCUUCUCCUCCAGAGCUGCCAAAGCAGACUCAUGCGAGUUCGCCAUGCGCAAACGCCAAUAUUAAACCCAAGUUUACUCAGCCAUCGCCCUCAACAUCAAGUCUGGCCCAUUCGGAAUUGCCUAUCAACCCAGCCUUCCGUUCUUCUGGGACUUCCAUCGACACUCUAAGUGGGCCCUCAUCACAAGGCCCUUCUCCUAUUGAAUCACCAAAGCCGGGGCAUGCGAUUGUGCCACGUGAUGAUGAUACCACACCCAUAUCACCGCCAACACCAUCUCGAUUUUCUUCAAUGCACAUCUCGAGCCUCCGCCACACCGGGGCUUCCAUUGGCUCGCUGGGUACACCAUUCGCAACAAGCCCAUCUGUCGUCGGAAUUGGACUGCUAAUGCGGCCAUGGGAAAAACCAUCUGCAAAUAAUCCAGAUGUCAACCCUGUCUCGACAAUACCAUCAGGGUCAGCCUCGUCUCCCGAUAACUCUCCGGCUCUAAAACAGCCAGAGAGCGUUAUUCCUCCGGCCAAAACAUAUCCUACCGAACCGCAGAGGAAUGAAGAUUUGGGCCAGUCCAGCCCGAAUGCAGCCGGUAUCAAGCCUGCACAAACUAAUCCAUCGAACUCCAACUCGGAUUUGCUUGGUUCGAAGUUGCCCAUUAGCCCUGCUCAUCCAAAUUCAAAGCUAAAUUCCACUUAUCCCGAGGCCGAGAUGUCACGCGCUGUUCAUGGACCAUCUUCAAGUCAGGCCAAAUCGAGCAUUUCGAGCCAGGCACGUUUUUCCUCGAAUCGAAUAUAG